UUGCAGAUAUUUAUGUAGACCAUGUAGAAGAACAAAUAAUGAAACUACCAUAUAAAGACAAUAUAAUCAUGUGGAAGAGAUAUGUCGAUGAUAUAUUUUGCGUUUGGACGGGGACAGACAAAGAUCUCGACGAAUUCUUUAAGAUGAUAAACUCAAAAUUUAAAAUAAAAUUCACUCUAGAACACCCUACAUCUAACACAAUAAAUUUCUUAGAUCUUAAAGUAACAUUAAAUAAUAAUAAUGAUUUUUCUUUCGAUAUUUACAGAAAACCGACACAAACCAAUACCAUUAUACCUUAUCAUUCAUAUCAUUCCCCCUCGAUAAAAAGAGCCGCCUUCAACUUUUUAAUUCACAGACUCCUCAACAUACCUCUGUCAGCCGAGGACUACCAGAAAGAAAUAAAUAUGAUAUAUCAAAUAGGCAACGACAACCAGUAUACAAGAGAAUACAUUGACCAAAUUCUCACUUCUAUAAAGAGAAAACAACUUUUGAAGAAAAUUUACCCCCACAUUGCAAUUAGGAAACACUUCAUAAGUAUACCAUAUUACGAAGACUUACACCAGCAUACCCAACAGAUUAUGAAUAAAUACGAUUACACCAUAAUGAAUAGCCGACAUAGAACCCUAGAAAAUUUAUUACUGAAUAACAAAAAUAAGAAAAAACCAGAAGAACAGAGUGGAGUAUACAAUAUUAACUGCUCAGACUGUCCUGCAUUCUAUAUCGGUAUGACGACACGUAACAUGAAAAAGCGAUUCAAUGAACACCAAAAAAAUCAACCUAGAUCUGCACUAGGAAACCACCUGAAUGAGUCAAAUCAUAACACAAAAUUUGAAAAUUUAAAGAUCCUACAUAAAGAAAGUAAUUACUAUAAAUUAACACUAUUAGAACAGCACGAAAUUUUAAAAAACAAAGAUAGUCAACAUUUACUAAACGAAAUGUCUGAUUUCACCAUACGCGACAAUAGUAUUUUCAAAUUAAUAAAUUCCCGCCAAUAAUUGUUCCAAAGAUAGACAUAUGCCAUACUACGUAAACAGACUUCCUCACUUUCGUCUAAUCUAAAAUCAACACAACCACGCAAGAAAAAUUCUUCGAAGAAUAUAAUUGAUAUUUAUUGUCAAAAUAAAAACUUUAAAUUGCAUAUUGAAGAUCAAAUCGAUGAAUAUAUACUAUCUAUCAUACGUAUAAUCCACCUCAAUGUACGCUGGCCUGAUGAUGGUUAAUAUACCGAAAUCGAUUGCCAAAGAUUAAAUAAUUCAUUUCAAC